AUGAGCAUCGAGGUCGGCAACAGCCAGGAUGAUCAUCAAAUCGUGCUUUUGCUGAAUUGUCCUUCGAUCGGAGUGUUGUCUGCAGCACGUCUCUCCUUCAUCCUCACCUAUAUCAGCAACAUCUUGUCUGACUUCCCCUUGAAUAGCGUAUGCUUUCUCAUUCAUCCGAACAGGGCUGGCCAUCAAGAUGGCAGGAGAUCUGCGGCCAAGAAAGAAGGGUCGGAUGAUGAGGAAUGUGAAAAAAAGGUGAAAGUGAAGGAAGGCGAUGAUGAUUCUGAUUCAGAAUGCGAUGGACAGCGAAAGGUGAAGGAGGAAAUGGAUGACAUGGUUCGCAAGGUUCGCUUCAACCUGGAGACAGAACUUGCUCUUCCAGAACGUUGCUUGAAGGCCACCGUGUACGGGAAACGAGAAGGAUUUCUGCCUGGACUUUGCAUCCUCAGCAACAACCCCAAGAACAUCUUCCGUCAAACAAAGGGGUACAAAACUGGUGUGGUUCAUGGGAUCCACAUGCUGCAAAGACAAGACAUGGUGAAGCCUGAAACCGCUAGCCCGCAGAAGAGCACGAGCCUGCCGCACAUGGGACGGGCUUUUACCGACGUGCAGGAGCAGAAGCAAGCAGCUGGUGGCUGCGACAUCGUGCUGAAAACCCUUCAGGCAUUUGAAGUCCCAAGUGUCAAGGCGACCCUGAUGGUUGACAUGCACGGAUACGAUGGUUGGCCAGCACUAGCCACAGUUGAGGAGAUCUGUGCCAAGAAGGUCUCUCUUUGUGCAAGCCUUUGUCUGGACCACUCUGGCCAAGAUUUACUGAGCAGAGUCAGCAACAAGGUUUAUGAAGCUUGCAGAGCGGGCACCCUCGCCUUGACCGGCUUCCCAGACUUCUCACCAUUGGUGUCAGCCUUGAAAGCCAGCAGCACGACAGGAGACAUGACCAAAAACUUCCGGGUGACAACACAGCGUCACACUACUUUGGUCAUUUUGGAGGUGCUGGCCCGAAAAUGGGUCGACAACGCUGAAACCCGUGAACGAGCUCUUGCUGUGAUCGAGAGCCACAACAAAGAGUUCAAUGAAUCGGGGCAAUACUGGUUGGAAGAAAGGAGAGAAACUGCGGAUGAUGCUGUCCCAGAGCCACCAAUGAAGAAGAUCAAGUUGGAAUCCUCGAGCGAGCAAGAUAUCUCCAAGCUCCCCAAUGUGAAAAAACUUACCAUCAACAACGCGUGCGAUCUGGUGGUGGCUGGUGAGAAGGGAGAUAACCUUUUCUUAUCUUCCCGCAGCCGCAACCAGUUUUUUGAAAAGCGGGAGUUGUGCUCAUUUGGAUCAGGAGAGUGGAGGGAUGGAGCAGAAGCCAGCGAAUGUCUUUCCGAUGCAGAGGGUCGUUGGAUGAGUUUCGUGGUCAACAACAACUCGUUGUUUAUCCUGGAGCGCAAAGGCAUUUCAGACCACUUGAGCAAGCUUGAAAACUUGGACACUGCCGUGACCCUCCAAAGCUUGGUUUGUGAUCUUCAAGAUGCCGGAGAAGUCAAAGUUGAGAUCAGCCAUCACAAGAAACAAGAUGACGACUGGGCCAGUGUGAAGCCAUUGGUUUUCGUUUUAGACGAAGUUCCAGAGGUUCCCAAAAAGAGUAGGAAAAGGGGCAAAACUGCUGGGUCGACUACCACAUCCAAGAAUUUUGGGGCGUUCUUGUCUCUCACGAAGAUCAAGUCGAGUGAAAGCACAUUGUGUGUUGCGUGGCGUUGCAGGUUACUUGUAUGCAAUUGGUUUCUUGUCACCCAAGCAAGCCAAGUAAGUAAGAUCUUGUUUUGA